UUGUCAAAUUCGUUUUUCGUUUAACUCAUUCUCAGACCCACCAUCACUCAGAAACACACAUCCAAUCCAAUAACCGCACCUUCCAAAAUUGUUGAUAAGUUUCUCCUUGUUUCUCGAAAAAAUCAGAGGAAAGAGAUUCCGGAUCAGUUUCCGUUCAGUGGUUCACAGAUGCUAUAACCAAUAGUCAUCAUCUUCAGAAAAAAACCACCUUUUUUUUGCCAUUCUGAGCUCACCGAGCUACCCAAUGCGAUUUUGAUUCGCGGGCUUUUCAUUUCUGUAUAAAUCUGCAAUCUUUGAGGAAAAUAACGUAACCCCAUCUGUUUAUAAUCAUAUGGGGCACAAGUGAACGGAAACUCUCGAGGAAAUUGAGGUUUGAAGCUUGUAACGCAUCCUAGAAUAUUAUGUCUUUGCUUCGACGGAGAAAAGGGUCGGAACCGGAAAAGGGUCCGAGCCCGAGUUCGGAGCCAAAGGUUUUAAGCGAAGACGAGACAGAAGAUGAUAAGAAUAAUAAGAAGAAUAAGAAGAAGAGAGAUGAGGUGGGGGAGAAGAAGAAGAACAAAUGGUCAUGCUUCGAUAGCUGUUGUUGGUGGGUGGGGUGCAUUUGCACAUUGUGGUGGUUUCUUCUGUUUCUGUAUCAGAUGAUGCCUUCUUCGAUUCCUCAGUAUGUGACCGAGGCCUUCACUGGGCCCAUGCCGGACCCACCGGGCCUCAAACUCAAGAAGGAAGGACUCAAGGUGAAGCACCCUGUGGUUUUUGUGCCCGGGAUUGUCACUGGGGGGCUUGAACUGUGGGAGGGUCACCUGUGUGCUGAGGGGUUGUUCAGGAAACGCUUAUGGGGUGGUACCUUCGGAGAAGUUUAUAAAAGACCUUCAUGCUGGGUGGAUCACAUGUCACUGGACAAUGAAACAGGAUUGGAUCCACCAGGGAUAAGAGUUAGGCCUGUCUCUGGACUUGUAGCUGCUGAUUACUUUGCUGCAGGAUACUUUGUAUGGGCAGUGCUAAUUGCUAACUUGGCACGCAUUGGUUAUGAAGAAAAAACUAUGUACAUGGCUGCAUAUGAUUGGAGAAUAGCAUUUCAGAACACUGAGGUGAGGGAUCAAACACUAAGUCGGAUAAAAAGCAACAUAGAACUUAUGGUUGCUACUAAUGGUGGAAAUAAGGCAGUUAUUAUUCCACAUUCAAUGGGGGUCUUGUACUUUCUUCAUUUUAUGAAGUGGGUUGAAGCACCAGCUCCAACUGGUGGUGGAGGAGGACCAGAUUGGUGCUCCACAUAUAUAAAGGCAGUUGUAAACAUUGGUGGACCAUUUUUAGGUGUUCCCAAGGCUAUAGCAGGGCUUUUCUCAGCUGAGGCCCGGGAUAUUGCUGUUGCUAGGACAAUAGCUCCAGGAUUUUUAGAUAACGAUCUGUUUCGCAUUCAAACAUUGCAACAUGUAAUGAAGAUGACCCGUACUUGGGACUCAACAAUGUCAAUGAUACCAAGAGGAGGAGAUACUAUAUGGGGUGGUCUUGAUUGGUCACCAGAAGAAGGCUAUCACCCUAGCCAGAGAAAGCACAGCAAUAACAAUACUCAGUUGAAAGACCACGAAACAAAUCAAACAAAUUUUGUCAACUAUGGAAGAAUGAUAUCAUUUGGCAGAGAUGUGGCUGAGGCACACUCCCCUGAGAUUCAGAUGACUGACUUCCGGGGUGCUAUCAAGGGUCGCAGUAUUGCAAAUACCACUUGUCGUGAUGUGUGGACUGAAUACCAUGAAAUGGGAUUUGAAGGAGUGAGAGCAGUUGCUGAACAUAAAGUUUACACAGCUGGCUCAGUCGUUGACCUCCUUCAAUUUGUUGCUCCAAAGAUGAUGGCUCGUGGUAGUGCUCAUUUCUCUUAUGGAAUUGCUGACAAUUUGGAUGACCCUAAAUAUAAUCACUACAAGUAUUGGUCAAACCCCUUGGAAACAAAAUUACCAAAUGCUCCUGAUAUGGAAAUCUUCUCUAUGUAUGGAGUUGGCUUACCUACUGAAAGAUCUUAUAUUUACAAGUUAACUCCCUUUGCCGAGUGUUACAUUCCUUUUGAAAUUGACACCACACAAGAUGGUGGUAGCGAUGAAGAUAGCUGUCUGCAAGGUGGAGUCUACACUGUUGAUGGGGAUGAGACUGUGCCGGUUCUAAGUUCAGGCUUCAUGUGUGCUAAAGGUUGGCGCGGAAAAACAAGAUUCAACCCAUCCGGUAUCCGCACCUACGUUAGAGAAUAUGAUCAUUCUCCUCCAGCCAACCUUCUAGAGGGAAGGGGCACACAAAGUGGUGCUCACGUUGACAUCAUGGGAAAUUUUGCAUUGAUUGAGGAUGUUAUAAGAGUGGCUGCUGGAGCCAAAGGAGAAGAUCUAGGAGGUGAUAAAGUGUAUUCUGAUAUCUUCAAGUGGUCUGAGAAAAUCAAGUUACCCCUAUGAAUGAAGCCCAAUGCACUUCCACAGUUCCACUCAGACACUUCUCUUGAACCCCUUUAAGGAUCAGAUCAGGCUAUAUAUAAUUUUUGCAGUAUAUUUUCACUGCCACCAGAGUUCUGUAAGUUGCACUUAUUAGAAUUGCUGGUUCUGCUGAUCAAAUUCCAGUUCCAUGGAGGGGUGAACUAUGCGAAUUGGUUAUAUUGUAAGAGCUUGUAUUGAACAUUUUUGUUAUUAAAGUAAGGAUUUGAUUUGUCAUCUCUGAGCAACCUGGCCAGGGGCAUUAUUCUUAAUAAGUUCAGCUGGUUAGUUACGAUA